UUAUGAGCAGUUAGUCCAUGAAAAUGCUCUAAAUUUGAACCUAAACUUACUUUAUUAUUAUAUAUUGCAGAAGUAGUAUUCGACACACAGGUAUUUCAAGACGGUCGAACUGAGAGGUUACAAAUUCAAAAUGGCUGCUCACUGUUGCAAGAAAAGGACUUGCUGUCUCGCGCUGGGCGUCUUCGCUUUGAUUGGUGCAGUAAGCAACUCCAUCAGAUCAAUCCUCACCUUGGCUAACUGGGACUGGUCGUUGGCCACCAACGACGAUGAGAAAUACGUUCUAAAGUUCUUGUUCAGGUGCCACGUGGCGUCAGCGAUAUUGUGUUUGUGCCUCAUCGUGGCCAGCAGCGUCUACAUCUACGCCGUCGAUCAGGACCGACCACGACUCAUGAUUCCAUUUCUGACGUGGAUAAUUUUGGCUGUGUUCGUGGUGCUGAUAUUGGUGGUGGUGAGUUUCAUCACGCGCCCAAUGUCUCCGCUGGCCGCACUCCUGGCCAUCGCUGCUACCAUAAAAGGACUUCUCUGCUGGCUGGUCUACACCCACAUGAAAGAGACAAUGGAAGCGACUGCAGGGGACGGGCCAAUGCCAAUGGUCGAAGAACUUGCCUGAAUCUCUGGAGAAAAUUUUUUCUGUAAGGAACUGCUGAAGUUUUCCGCAGAACCAUCAAUUAUGGCAUUCAAAUCACACUAAAUUUUGUUGAACGGCUGUGAUAAUUUGAACAUUUACGAUGUAUUUUUUGCGCUAUUUGUUAGUUUCAAUUACCUGAUGAAUUCAAUUUUAAAGAAGAGUUACAGAAAUGAUUUAAUUUCUACUCCAUUAUGGAAGCAAAUAUUCUGAUGUGAAAUGUUCAAGUCAAUAUUAAAUGUUCGGUUUCCAGGUUGACCGCCGUUCACAGUCAUUCAGAACACCCAGAGAUGGAUCGUAUUGUGCCUUCUUUGCUAUAUCAAACAGUAAUGCUUUUCGGUUAAACGAUUGUUCCUAGUCAAUAUUCAACUGAAGCGAGAAUUUUCGUUAAUCGAUUUGGUGAUGGACAAUGUAAACCACUUUAUAUGUCGACGUAAGAAGAACGUAAUCUGUUGUUCAUUAUUAAUCUUCUCACGAUUUUGACUAUAGGGUUUAGCUGAAGGCACGGAAGGCGCUUUGUUCGGUUAAAUCAGUGUUGUUCAGACUUUUUGUGAUGGAAUGCACUUGGAGGCCUUGAACAGCAGCCUAGCAGCAUCAGAUACCAACGCUUACUACCAACCAUAUUAAGAAUAUAUUAACAUUUGCAUAUAUAAUCGCUUGUAUUUCACUUAUUGGUACAUAACUUACUAUUCUAAAAAUUUCUGCCGUAUGAAUAUCGUUUGAAUUCACUGGGACAAAAACGGUGUGAAUAACAACAUCCAUGGAUCUUUGCUGGAUUAUUUACUCUUGGGCUGUGGCAUCUUUGAUAAAUAAAAAUUAAUAAGUGAAAGCCAAUCAAGAAACCAAAAGCAUAUCACCUGAUAGGUCCCCGCGUUCUUAUGACAGGCUUGCCACAGCUUGGGAGUCACUGUGUAAAAUAACAUAACACAACAUAGUGAUG